AUGUCGCUGAAGUCUCAUGGGUUUGAGACCUCGAUGGACGUUGCGCGACGACAACAAUACCAUGUAGUGCAACUAGCAGGCCAUAAAAGGGCCUCUGACCACGAGCCUAAACUGAAGACUGAAGUGAGAGUUCUUCCAGUGCCUCGGUACCUACCACAUGGCGAGUUGGAUAUUUUGGAAUCCACUCCGUUAGAGUCCGCUCGAGCCUCGUUGGGGGCCCCUCCAAACCGCUUUAUUGCCAGCAAGAUCCACCGAGGUCCGGGCGCAAGAACAACAGACCAAAGAGAGGAGCAGCUGAAAUCCGCUACUAGUGCGGCACCAAGGUCGAGCCAGAACCCUUUGCUUUCGUUGGCCAAUCCCAAAUACGGGCUUCCUGCGGCGCUUACGGCUAAUUUUGCUGCUUUGGGCGUCCGUACUAUUUAUGCAUGGCAGGCAUCGUGUUUGCUAGCUCGGGGGCUACUCUCCGGAGAGCGGCAUUUGGUCUACACAGCCCCCACAGGUGGAGGGAAGUCUAUGGUGGCAGAUGUCUUGUUGUUGAAACGAAUUAUUGAGAAUCCCGCACGCAAAGCCAUUCUGGUCCUGCCGUAUGUGGCUUUGGUUCAAGAGAAGCUGAAAUGGAUGCGUCGGGUUGUUCAAGGUGUGGAAAAGAAUGUUCGAGAUGGUGAGGAUGAACAUGAGGAUUCGACUUUCCCUCGCAGGCGAUGGAAUAAAUUACAGAAACAGAUUCGCGUCACGGGCUUCUUUGGUGGAAAUAGGACGACAACUACUUGGGCCGAUACUGAUAUUGCCAUAUGUACUAUUGAGAAGGCCAACUCAUUAAUCAAUACUGCCAUUGAAGAGUGCAGCAUUGGAGAUUUAGGAGUGGUUGUGCUCGAUGAAUUGCACAUGCUUGAUGAUGAGCAUCGUGGAUACCUUUUGGAGCUCAUGGUUACCAAGUUGCUUCUGCUACAGCAAGACAUCCAAAUUGUGGGAAUGAGCGCCACACUUUCGAAUACCGAGAUGCUGGCUGAAUGGAUGAAUGCCAGGUUUUUCAUCUCGACAUACCGACCGGUCCCCAUUGAUGAAUACCUGGUAUAUGAGAACUCAAUUUAUCCAGCCGCAACAUCGAGACAGUUGUUUCAAACUGCCACUAAAUUGGCUUCGACAACCGCACCAGAGUCGAUUCCACCGCAUAGAACCAUCGACCCCUCAACAUACAAAGAACUCGGUAAUGCCGCAACAAACGCUAUGGUAGCAUUGGCUGUUGAAACCGCGACGGCAGGAUACGGAGCUUUGGUUUUUUGUAGAAGUCGCAAUGCAUGCCAGAUAAAUGCUGCAACGAUCGGAGAAGCCAUGCCUUAUACAGAAGAUAAGGAAGAGCUAAACCAGCGACUUGAUCUGCUUGCUGAGCUAAGGAGCCUUACAUGUGGACUAGAUCCUGUCCUCGAACGUACAGUCAUCAAAGGAGCAGGCUUUCAUCAUGCUGGGAUGACCACCGAAGAACGGGAACUGAUCGCAGCUGCAUACGAUUCUGGCGUGCUCAAGGUACUUAUCGCUACAUGUAGCCUUGCUGCUGGAGUGAAUCUUCCCGCCCGGCGGGUCAUUAUCAAUGGAGCCCGUAUGGGCCGGGAUUUGGUCGGCCCUGCGAUGCUGCGGCAAAUGUGCGGACGGGCUGGACGCAAAGGGAAAGAUGAUGCUGGCGAGACAUACUUGAUUUGCGUCAAGGCUGAUCUGGAAGCCGUGUGUGACCUACUGGAUGCUGAUAUGCCUGCCAUCGAAAGUUCUCUCAUUCCUGAAAAACGAGGUCUGAAAAGAGCUUUACUGGAGGCAAUCGCCACAGGCCUUGUAUCCGGAUGUGAGGCGAUCAAAGAGUACGUCAGAUGCACGCUUCUAUACCGUACCUUGGACAAGAAACUUGCGUAUUCCAUUAUGGACUCCGCUCUAAAAGAAUUGGUUGAUGAGGAGCUCUUGGUUUUGAAAGAAGACGAGGCAUACGGCGCAACUCUUCUAGGCCAAGCCGUGGUAGCUUCGGCAUUCGCCCCCGAAGAUGGCCUAUUUGUACACGAGGAGCUUAAGAAAGCCCUCCAGGCCUUCGUGAUGGAUGGUGACAUGCACAUCUUCUACAUGUUCACCCCCCUGCAGGUAGCCAUGAGCACGCCGAUUGAUUGGCAGAUAUUCCGUGAUAAACUCGACCAACUGGACGAGAGUGGUAUUCGUGCAUUGCAAUUCGUCGGCGUUCAGCCAGGCUUCGUCAAUACCAUGGUUCAAUCCGGGGCAUCAUUAAAAGAGAUCACCCCGGAGCAAAUCCAGAAAGCCCGAAUUUACCGACGCGCGUAUACAGCCUUCCAGCUCCGCGACCUGAGCAACGAGGUCCCCCUAGCAACCAUUGCCCAGCGCUACCAUACCCCCCGUGGUACGGUUCAGACACUGGCACAACAGUGUCAUGGUUUUGCGGCUGGAAUUGUCAAAUUCUGCCAGCGCAUGAACUGGGGCAUGCUAGCCGCUGUGCUGGAUCACAUGCGCGACCGACUUGAAGCAGGUGCUCGUGCUGACCUGCUCGAGAUGGCGCAGGUGACUUUUGUUCAGAGUUGGACUGCGCGGUUACUAAGGGAUAAUGGAUUUAGGAAUUUGCGCGCCUUGGCCGAGGCUAACCCGAAGGAUCUGGUGCCUGUGCUUAUGAUGGUCAACGCUCGAAAAACGCAAAAGAGUCAGCUCUAUCCGACUGAAGCGGAACGAUAUGCUGCAAAAUUGUUGAAAAAGGCUGAGACUAUUGUUGCAUCUGCAAAUAAGAUCUGGGAACGGGAGAUACAGGUGGAAGUAGAAGCCUGA